AUGGCGCCGGCAAAACAGAAAGCGCAGAAGAUGUCCAUAGGGACUUUCUUGGCUGACGAGAACUAUGGCUCGUGGGCUGAUGAAAUGGACGAUCUGCCUCUCCCAACUGGUAUGCCACCUCUUCUAUCCUCCACCGACUCUCGUGCUACUUUUGGAGGUGAGCGGCGCCCAUUUUCCGCUGCGCCCUCCUCUUUCGGAUAUGAACAUGGAGGAUAUGCAAGAGAGGAGUUACCAUUGCCCACACAGCCCCCAUACACGGCUCAUAUCGGCAACAUGUCAUUCGAUGCCACGCAAGCUGAUAUUUCGGAUCUCUUUGCGGCUUGCGAGGUUACCAGCGUUCGCAUUGUCGAAGAUAAAUUGACAAGAGCCCCAAAAGGAUUUGGCUAUGUCGAAUUUGCCACCCUUGAUGGCCUCAAAAAAGCCCUUACCUUUCAAGGAACUUCUUUCCAAGGCAGAAGCAUCAGAGUCAGCGUUGCCGAACCUCCCAAAGAACGUCACGACGCUAGAGACUUGAGUGACUGGUCCCGCAAGGGCCCACUACCUGACCUUCCACAGCGCAGGCCGACCGAUCGCCCGGGGCACGGCUCCCGAGGUUUCGAUGCUAUGUCCGAUGCUGGAAGUGAGCGUGCUGGCCGUCGCCCAUAUGAGCCCGCAGAUGGUAAAAUGAGAGACUUCUCAAGUUGGGAGCGUAAGGGCCCACUCCCUGCAGCUGCACCAACUGUUAGGGAAGGCCGCCCACAAAGUAAAGAUGGUUCCCAGUUUCGACGUGCCUCUCCUGCCUGGGGCGAAGGUCGCUCACAAGAUGGCUCUCGUCCACCUAGACGCGAAUUUCAAGAGCGCCCUCCCCCGGAACGGACCCCUACUGCUCCAGAACUUGAUAAUCAAUGGAGAGCUCGCAUGCGACCCGAUCCACCAGCACAAACACCUGCUGUCGAAGCUGCCCCUGCUGCUCCCGCCUCCCCUGUUGCCCCAACUUCAACAGCCCCGGCUAUGAGACCUAAGCUCAAUCUACAAAAACGUACUGUUCCGGAAACAGAAACCAGUGCUUCUCCAUCUGCUGGUGAUUCUAAGGCUAGCCCUUUCGGCGCUGCCCGACCGAUUGAUACUGCCGCAAGGGAGAAAGAAAUUGAGGAGAAGCGAUUACAUAAGAAAAAAGAAGCAGAAGAGAAAGCCAAAGCGGAAAGGGAGGAACAACAGCGACUUACGAAGGAACAGGAUCUGGCAAAAGAGAAGGAGAAGGAGGAAGCAGCUGCAUCUACUGCAGCGAGUGCCAAUGGGUCGAAAGAAGGUGGUGCCGAUGUACCAGAGGGUGUCAAGGGCUUUGAGAUUCUUCAGAGAUCCGAAGAAACGGAAAAUGGAGAAACCGUUACACCUCAGGAAUCCUCUGCCGCUCCAUCAGAAGAAAAGUCUAUAUCGCCAAGAGACCCUAAUCGGCCCCAGCCUCCCAGCAGAGCAAAUAGCAAUUGGAGAUCUGCCGGCCCUCGGCGCGGCUCCAACCAGGGUCAGCAGGCCGCCCGAAAUCGCGUGCCGCCCAAGGGUUCCCCCAAGCAACCGGCUACCCCGGUUAUUGACGAAGACGGCUGGAGUACUGUUAGCUCAAAGCCCCGGGGUGGCCGUCGUGGAGGACGCAAUGCCGCCUAA